GUAGAAGGCGCGCAGGUGCGUGGGACCGAUGGCCGAGCCUUGUUCCUACGGGCAGCACGUUUUGCUCGAUACCAUGGCUUCCCUUUACGCUGACUACGUCAACGAGUCGCAUAUUCAAGCCUUUCAUGAAGCCCUCCAAAAUGAUGAAUUCAACUAUUUCGAUUUCGCUGCUUCACCUAAUCCUUCCGCAUCACCCAAUAUGUCGCCAACAAACAGUAUUCGCGUUCAGAAAGUGUCUGCCUUGAGUGACUUUGCCCCUGUUAAUCUUCGUGUAAAGAAAAAGAAGAAGAGAGAUCAAAUGCACGAUAAACGACAUGACUGUUUGUACCUCCUUCUUCGUUGGCCUAUCCUUAUUUUCAUCUUCAUCUUCAUAACCGCCGAGUUCGGGCUGUAUGUUGUUAUCCGACAAGUUGUGAAUGGGAAAGAAUGGAUAUCCGCGUGGCGAGGCAAGAAAGGCGCGUUGCGCAAACGUCUGCGUGCCGCACGAAACUACGAGGCGUGGAAAGAGGCGGCGAGGGUAAUGGAUGACUACCUAAAUCAUGAGGAGUGGAAAAACAUCGACGAAGAUAACUUCUAUGACUGGAAACUGAUAAGAAAAGUCACCAGAUCGUUGAAAGUACUCCGGGAGAAACAUGACGUCAGAGGAUGCCUCGGAGUAUUGGAGACAUGCAUAAGGGCGAACUUUGCUGGAAUCGAAUCGUCAAGGCUCUAUAGCGAGACUUAUCUUGGAACGAAGAACCUCAUCGAGUCCUAUUACGAUGAAGAGGAGAGAGCACUGGAGUUCAUACGCGAAUCUACCCAACUCACCGUGGAUGAAAAGAAGAAGUUCUUCAAGAGUGCUAAUACGAACUUCGGGAUAUCAGCGUUGUGUUUAUCCGGGGGUGCUUCAUUCGGAUACUAUCACGUCGGGGUGCUCAAAGCCUUCGUCGAAGCGAAUCUCCUUCCGCGUGUUAUUACCGGUACAAGCGCCGGUGGACUCAUAGCAGCCCUUGUAUGCUGUCGAAAGGACGACGAGCUGGAGUCGGUGCUAGUCCCGGAACUUGCGAACAGGAUAACCGCCUGUGAGGACCCUAUUUCUGUCUGGGCUCGUCGUGCCUGGAAGACCGGUGCUCGAUUCGAUAGCGUCUUAUGGGCUCGGAAAGCCACGUUUUUCACCCUCGGAUCCCUCACGUUUGCGGAGGCAUAUGCAAGAACUGGCCGUAUAUUGAACAUUUCCGUCAUUCCUGCUGAUCAAAAUUCGCCUACAAGGCUUCUGAACUACAUCACUGCCCCAGAUUGCGUGAUAUGGUCUGCUCUCUUGGCGUCAGCUGCUGUCCCUGGAAUAUUGAAUCCAGUUGUCCUCAUGCAAAAACUCAAAGACGGGACCAUCAUACCUUGGGAGUUUUCGUCGAAAUUCAAGGAUGGCAGUCUCAGAGUAGAUAUUCCUAUUCAGAGCUUGAACCUGUUCUUCAAUGUGACCUUUCCUGUCGUCUCCCAAGUAAACCCUCACGUGCACCUCUUUUUCUUUGCUCCUCGAGGUUCUGCAGGCAAACCUGUCGCUCAUAGUAAAGGGAAAGGAUGGAGAGGCAAUUUCUUAUUGUCGGCUGUUGAACAAUGGUUGAAACACGAGCUCACUAAGAACUUCAAGGUGAUAAGGGAUCUGGAGUUAUUGCCCACAGUAUUAGGUCAAGAUUGGUCGAGCGUAUUCUUGCAGAGAUUCGACGGAGCUGUUACGUGAGCAAUCUACCCUUCGAGAAGACAGCUGACGAAUCCCCUCGUAGCAUCUGGCCACGCACUAGACUAUGGGACUGGUUUCGCAUUCUGACCGAUCCCGAUCCCCUUGAGCUUGAACGAAUGAUAGAAGUAGGGUCCUUAGUGACAUGGCCAAAGCUGCAUAUGAUCGAAAACCGAAUGAGGAUCGAAAGGCAAAUAUAUCUUGGACGACAGUUUGUCAGAAGAGCGUUGAGGGCACCAGCAAUACAUAGUGCUCACGCGCGAAACGCGCUUCGUAUCACCGCAAACCCAGGAAAUUCAGAUCAGACCACUCUAUCGAUUGACAGUGAUACCGACAGAGCUUUUGCCUAUGGACCGCGUCGACUACACCAUAUUCGACGAGGAUCUGGGAAUAACUCCACCCCUUCCAGGAAGGCUUCAUCCGAAAAUCUGAACCCAAUGUCCCAAACACCAAAGAGAGGGGAGCCUGUGGGCGCUAAAGGUGUUAAUGGGGGUGGCACCCAGUCAUUUUUAACCAGGUUACGCACAAGGCCCUUCCCUAAUGUCCAGUCCCAGUCAAGGCCACAGACAUUAGAUAUGGUAGGGUUUGAAGAUGAGGAAUGGAGCAGCGAUAAUAGUGAAUCAGAGUAGAUUAAGAGCGUCCACAGCUCGUCUGUACUAAUAUCUACAAUAAGUCAUAAUUUUUUUUACGCAACACGG